UGUCAUCAGAGCUGUCACAAGAAGCCUCACAGGGGAUGGCUUUAUUACCUCAAUUUUCAACAUGUUCUGCAUAUCUGGCUCUUCAAAGGGGAGUGCUGGGGAUGAGUCUGUUAAUUGAGCAUCUACUGUCUGCCAGGCACUGAGCUAUUUUUGUACACACCAGCUCGGCCGGCUCCUCAGACAGCUGUGUACAGGAUGGGGGCAGAGUGAGCUGGCAUCGUAGGAGAAAGGAGACCAACAGCCAGCGUUAUUGGGAGAGACAGCUGGCAACAAUGGUGGAAGCCGCUGAGCAUACCUCCUUGGACUCUUCGUACCUGGAGGAAUCUUUGAGUAUGCGGACGGCCCCAACGCCCAGGUCAUGAACGCUGAGGAGCAUGCCUUUCGAUUUUCUGCCAACAUCAUCAACAGGAACAGGACUCUGCUGCCCAACACAACCUUGACUUAUGACAUUCAGAGAAUUCACUUUCAUGACAGCUUCGAGGCCACCAAGAAGGCCUGUGACCAGUUGGCGCUGGGUGUGGUAGCCAUCUUCGGGCCAUCACAGGGCUCCUGCACCAAUGCAGUCCAGUCCAUCUGCAAUGCCUUGGAGGUGCCCCACAUCCAACUGCGCUGGAAACACCAUCCCCUGGACAACAAGGAUACCUUCUAUGUGAACCUCUACCCCGACUACGCUUCUCUCAGCCACGCCAUCCUCGACUUGGUCCAGUCCCUCAAGUGGCGGUCAGCCACUGUGGUCUAUGAUGACAGCACAGGUCUCAUCCGGCUGCAGGAGCUCAUCAUGGCCCCAUCCAGGUACAACAUUCGCCUGAAGAUCCGCCAGCUCCCCAUCGACUCGGAUGACUCACGCCCCUUGCUCAAGGAGAUGAAGCGGGGCCGGGAGUUCCGCAUCAUCUUUGAUUGCAGCCACACCAUGGCGGCCCAGAUCCUCAAGCAGGCCAUGGCCAUGGGCAUGAUGACUGAAUACUACCACUUCAUCUUCACCACUCUGGAUCUCUACGCACUAGACCUGGAACCCUAUCGCUACUCAGGGGUGAACCUGACUGGGUUCCGCAUACUCAAUGUGGACAACCCCCAUGUCUCAGCCAUUGUGGAAAAGUGGUCCAUGGAGCGGCUACAGGCGGCUCCCCGGGCAGAAUCUGGCCUGUUGGAUGGAGUGAUGAUGACUGACGCAGCCCUGCUCUACGAUGCUGUCCAUAUCGUGUCUGUGUGCUACCAGCGAGCCCCUCAGAUGACCGUGAACUCCCUGCAGUGCCAUCGGCACAAGGCCUGGCGCUUUGGUGGCCGCUUUAUGAACUUCAUCAAGGAGGCUCAAUGGGAAGGAUUAACUGGACGGAUUGUUUUCAACAAAACCAGUGGCUUGCGGACUGAUUUUGAUCUGGACAUCAUCAGCCUGAAAGAGGAUGGCCUGGAGAAGGUUGGGGUGUGGAGUCCAGCUGAUGGCCUCAACAUCACUGAGGUUGCCAAAGGCCGAGGUCCUAAUGUCACUGACUCUCUGACCAACAGAUCUCUCAUUGUCACCACUGUGCUGGAGGAGCCCUUUGUCAUGUUCCGCAAGUCUGACAGGACCCUUUAUGGCAACGAUCGGUUUGAGGGCUACUGCAUCGACUUGCUCAAGGAGCUGGCGCAUAUCCUGGGCUUCUCCUACGAGAUCCGGCUGGUGGAAGAUGGCAAGUACGGGGCACAGGACGACAAGGGCCAGUGGAACGGCAUGGUCAAGGAACUCAUUGACCACAAAGCAGAUCUGGCCGUGGCCCCCUUAACCAUCACCCAUGUCCGAGAGAAGGCCAUCGACUUCUCUAAGCCUUUUAUGACCCUUGGAGUGAGCAUCUUAUAUCGCAAACCCAAUGGCACCAACCCCAGUGUCUUCUCCUUCCUCAACCCCCUUUCCCCGGACAUCUGGAUGUACGUGCUCCUCGCCUACCUGGGUGUCAGCUGUGUCCUCUUCGUCAUCGCCAGAUUCAGCCCUUACGAGUGGUAUGACGCCCACCCCUGCAACCCUGGCUCCGAGGUGGUGGAGAAUAACUUCACGCUGCUCAACAGCUUCUGGUUUGGAAUGGGCUCCCUGAUGCAACAAGGCUCUGAACUGAUGCCUAAAGCUCUGUCCACCCGUAUCAUCGGCGGCAUCUGGUGGUUCUUCACACUCAUCAUCAUCUCCUCCUACACGGCGAACCUGGCUGCCUUUCUAACUGUGGAGCGCAUGGAGUCACCCAUCGACUCUGCUGACGACCUGGCCAAGCAGACCAAAAUUGAAUAUGGUGCUGUCAAGGAUGGGGCCACCAUGACCUUCUUCAAGAAAUCCAAGAUCUCUACCUUCGAGAAGAUGUGGGCCUUCAUGAGCAGCAAGCCCUCGGCGCUGGUGAAAAACAAUGAGGAGGGCAUCCAGCGGACGCUCACAGCCGACUACGCUCUGCUCAUGGAGUCCACCACCAUAGAGUACAUCACACAAAGGAACUGCAACCUCACCCAGAUCGGUGGCCUCAUUGACUCCAAGGGCUAUGGCAUCGGCACACCCAUGGGCUCCCCCUACCGGGACAAAAUCACCAUCGCCAUCCUGCAGCUGCAGGAGGAGGACAAACUGCACAUUAUGAAGGAGAAGUGGUGGCGAGGCAGUGGGUGCCCGGAGGAGGAGAACAAGGAGGCCAGCGCACUCGGCAUCCAGAAGAUCGGCGGCAUCUUCAUCGUCCUGGCUGCCGGCCUAGUCCUGUCCGUGCUGGUGGCAGUGGGCGAGUUUAUAUACAAACUCCGCAAGACAGCGGAGCGGGAGCAGCGCUCCUUCUGCAGCACAGUAGCCGACGAGAUCCGCUUCUCCCUCACCUGCCAGCGCCGUCUCAAGCACAAGCCGCAGCCUCCUAUGAUGGUCAAGACUGAUGCAGUCAUCAACAUGCACACAUUUAAUGAUCGCAGGCUUCCAGGCAAGGAUAGCAUGAGCUGCAGCACCUCGCUAGCCCCUGUCUUCCCCUAGACGUGGGUACAGCGGGGACUUCAGGCCUGGUCCAUGCAGAGGAAAGCAAAGGAGACCGGAAAACACAUCCUCAUCUCAUGCUGGUCUUGGGAACAGAGCUGCUGCCUGCAUCCAACUAUGGGCCAUCAGCUCAUACCUACCAGGAAGCCAGUGGGCCCUAGGCCAGCUUCUUGGGCUUCAUCUCCUCUUGUCUUUUCUAUGGCUUUCUAAAGCUGGGAAGGCCAGCGGAAGCACAUGCCUCUCAGGCUCCACUCACCACCCCUGUCUUCUCCAUAGCCAGGUAUUUCUGCCAUGGCUCUGUGGAGGCCUCAGAAGAUGGCUCUUACAUCCUCUUCCUUUCCCUGAAGCACAGGGCCUUCUAGCACGCAGCCAUGAGAUGGAGACUCCACCUUGGAACACUUUAAGGAUGUUCUAAUGAGGCUGCGGUGGGAGCCAGAAGGCAGCCAGCCAGCCAUUCAUACACGGAGAGAAGCAAGACAUCAGCCCUUAAGGGUUAUUCACCUGGUACCGGGCUUCUCAACUUGGCUUCACCCACAGCAGCCCCUUGGCAACAAGGAAAGUAAUGUGGAAAGGAGGAGUUUGUUACGGGAGAAGGAGAAUACACAGACGGAGGCUGCAGUCGCAGAUGCUUAAGGUUGGUGUCCCAAGGCACGAGUGUUUAGGAAGUCCCCAGGAACAUGAAUGAGGUAACAACCAUGGCAAAUUCUUCUCCACUUCUGAAACAGAGAAGACACACUCUCUCAUAAAGAGUGUCCUUAGACUCGAUAGACAUCGGAAGGCCAGCAGAAGAAAUAUGGAUACUAUGGAAAUCCCACAAACCCUUGACCUAAGACUUUACUGGUAGACAAGCCAGCAUUCAGGGCCCUGGGUUUUCCACCAUCUACUCAUUGGCGAGUCCCUGCCCCCGCCCAUUGGAAUUUGCCCCCCCCCGUCACCCUGAAAAGAGAAGGGCAGCCUCAACUGAAAUGCAAGUCAAGUCAAAAGGGGUUGGUGUCCUCUUGCACAGACAGACUUUGGGGUAGGUGGGAGAAGCCAGGUGAGACCUAAGGAACUUUCUGGGCAUGCCCAGUCUAAAGAGACCCCUAGAGAAAGAAAGCUUUCAGGGGUGGGAUAUGAGACCUCCAGAGGCCCCUAGGCUGGGGAGGGAGAAGCUGUCUCCUGGAAAAUUAACCAAAGACCCAACACAAAGAUACAAGGUCAUCCUGGCCCUUGGUGUCUUAUCUGGAGCAGCUAUGGUCUUAGGAGAUCCCAGGGAGAAGAGGAGAAGCAGAGGAGAAGCCAGGGAGUGGACAGCCAAAGGGAUGAGCAAGAUGUCCUGUGGUUCCCACUCUGGAGGUUUGAAACUAUGAAAGUCUUAGAAAAGAUCCAGAUGUGAGGGGUUAGGCAAAAAGUGUCCUUACAGAGAGCAUGACAGGGCCAUCAGGGCCCCCACAGCUAAGGGUGCAAGUUGGUCUCCGAUGAGUGAUCAGGAUGGGUAACAUGGCUUGAGAACUGGGGAACACCCACUCCCUCACUUUCCUAGAUGAGCUACAUCUAGAUCUCAAGAGACCUCUCAGCAGAGGUGAAGGAACCCAGCCAAGCAGCCACCACCCUCCAACUGGCAUAUGUGAUUAAUCCAUCAUGCUGGUUCUCGGGAGCUCUGGCUGCCUGUCUGCGCUGGAGAGGGGAGACUUGCAGCCAAGCCCAGUACAUGGAAUGUUAGGAAAAGCCAUGCUGGCAGGAGGGAGGAGCGUGCACAUGUCUGUGUGUUUGACUUUGUAUGUGUGAGUAUUGGGGGCUGGCGAUCAAGGACAGACAUGGGUAUAUAUCAUAGUCCAGAGCGGGCAAUAAUAGGGGCCUCCUUUGGGACCUGCUUGUGUAUGGUGUGUGUGUGUGUGUGUGUGUGUGUGUGUGUGUGUGUGUGUGUGUGUGUGUACAUGAAUGAAAUGGGGAAAUGGGGAGGAAGGAGCCCAAUCAGGACCAGCAACAGGGCCUCAUCUAUGUAUAAACAGGAGAAGCCAUGGUGAGAUGGGGUUCUGAUGAGUAUAGGGAUGGAUGCAGUGUGUGUGAUUUUUUUGUGUGUAUGCACAUCUGUGUACUGAAUGACAGAGGAUGGGGAGCAGGAUACAACCUGCAGCAUAGCCAAAUAUAUGUAAAGGGAGAAGCCAUGUUAUCAGAGAUCCUUGUAUGAGUGUGUGUGUACAUGUGCACACACACGUGUGCAGGCUUGUGUGCCCUGAAGAUAGCAGGGGAGGGCAGACCAGACUGCUGUGCCCCAUGGGUGGAUGUGUGCUGUGCCAGAGGCGUUGUGUGAAAAUGGAGAGAGAGAGAGGCAGAGAGAGAGAGAGACAGAGAGAGAGAGAGAGAGACAGAGAGAGAGAGAGAGAGAGAGAGAGAGAGUACACUCACACCCAUACACCCAUGCAUGUGUAGACGUGUACCUAUUCCAGUUCAGAUCAUGAGCUGAGGCAGCAGAGCAAUCAGUAAGGACACCAGGGUUUGUUUGCAUGCCUGUUGUAGGAGGGAUCAUUUGCUACAGCUUUCCUGAGGCUCCAUGGGAAAGUGUGCAGGGACUUUUGGGGCUCACAAUGGUGACUCCUCCUAUGCUGUUCAUAGUAUCCUGUUGGGAGGAAAAACAUUCCCUUAUUUUCCUUUCUUUUUUUUUAAACCAGCCCUGCUGACAGGAUUCUAAAAUGAAACCAUUCUCCUCCAGUCUGUUCUCAUCCACUGCAUUCAUUCACCACUGUCUUAUGUUGUCCAAUGCAGUUUUAUAGCACACACCACAUCCAUGUUCAUAUCACACAUGUGCUUUUGUGCAUGACACGGCAGACGUGUCAUGUUCUUCUGAGGCUAUGCACAUACGUAGACUGUGAUGGGAGAAGGAACGGGACAUGGUUGGUGGGAAGGAUGUUCAUAAAGGUAACGAGGAACGAUGGGGUGGCUUAGAGACUCAUGUGGGGGAAGGGUGGCAUGCUAAGGAUCUCCCUUUCCACUCGAGCCUUACAUCCGGAGGUGUAGCUAGCGCCUGCCCUCUGGCUGAAGUCCUAUGUUUGUCCUAGAGACCAGCCCAGUACCAAGCACCCUGGUACCACCCUGCCCAGCUGAGUUGUGUCUCUCCCAGGGUAGGGAAGGAAGUCAAGAAGGAGGCAGAUCAUUCAAGUGCAAACCUGUCCUACCCCCCUCGGGGGUGCACAGAGCUGGGGCUGCAGUACACAGGGGCACUGAGGAACAACGGGGAACACCAAGGCUGGUUUGGAUGGAGCAUAUGGGGUGUACCUAAGCAGGUGGCGGCUGGCUGUCUCUGUCUGAUCCUAUAAACCAGGCCUGAAUGGAAGAGCCCCUCAUGCCACUAUGUCUGGGCCUGAGCUCCAUCUGCACACACUAGCCCAGCCGAGGGGCAGCACCUAUCCUGGCCAGACCCUGGGGGCUGGUAUACAGUGAGCCUCCUUCUGCAGCUGCCAUGGCCUGCAUCCAGUCUCUCUGCUAUGGACAGAUGAUGCAACCUGAGCACUCUGGGUGCUCAAAUGGCUCCCGUCUGCAGGUGUCUUACAAGAGGGGAAAAUGAGGUGUUGACCAGUGAGCUACACUUAAAAUCCCUGAGGUAGGAGGUUGCCCCUCCUUCCUCAGCCUGCCCUGCAUCUCGGCUGAAAGAGCACUUCCUGGGACCUGCACUUGCAGCGUGCAAUGGGGGAGGGGUGAGCAGAUUAAACAUAUCCACGGGAGAGCAGAAGUCAGACUGGGCCCACAGUCCCCAAGAACCAUCUGCCCCUCCUUUACCUUUCUUUCUGGUCCAGGGAGGGCUGAAGGUGGGGUGCAGCUGCUGCUGCUUCAUGCCCCAUGAGGUCAUGCCACACACACGCUCCAGAGACAUUCCUUACUGUAGGCACCAGCAUCUGAACACAACUCCCAUGGUCCACCUCUGGAAUUGCCCUGCGUGGAUGCCCAUUUGGAAGGGCCCUCAUGUCAUGGACAAACAACUGUAUGGAGUUAACAUCUGGAACCCACCCAGCCCAGUGGACAGAUUCAAGAAUUGGGCACAGCCCUGUGGGCAGGUCUCUGAGUAAGAUAUAUCUGGACAUCCCAGGUUGUUGGGGCAGGGAGCACAUCUGGAAUAGGCCUAGCCACUUGCUACAGUGGAAAGGGCCUUGCCCUCUGUCUCCAUGUUCCGGAGUUGAAAUUGUAGAGCUGAGGUAUAUGUGAAGUCACAGAAUUGUUUUAGGUAGAAGGCUAAUGUUCUGUACAAUAUAUAUAUGAAUGUAAAGUAUAUAUAUGCUUAUAUAUAUAUAUGCACAGUGUACAUAUGACCCACAACCCCUGUGUAUACAACCCUUCCCUGCACGUCUGCACACAGUGUACAGAACCCAGCCAGUAUGGGUGGGGACCCAGUGAGAGAUGGGGGCUGCAGCAGAAAAGUCAGGGUUACUUACUCAGCCCUCUGGAACAAGCCAGGCCUUGCCAGCGUCACUGCUGUGGACCGUAGCAAAGAGGGCAGGCGAACUGGGAAAGGUGCAGCCGAGGGUGAGAGUCUCCACCUGGGGUCUCCAAGGCAGGGCAGUGGCAUGUCCAGGGAACAAAGCCUUUUUGGCCCUUGAUCCCUGAGCCAACAUCACAAUCUAGACCCAGUAUCUAGUGCUAGGGAAAAGAGUAAGGCAAGUGGAGUCAGUUCCCCAGGCCUGCUCUUAUGCCUGUCUGCAGAAUAGCCUGGAAGGUGCCAGGCUGCAUCUGUAACAUCCUGAAAGUCAGAGGACCCUGGGUGGCAUAGGCCUCACAUAUGUCAUGGCUACAGUGAGCCUCUUUUGAAGAGAAAGGCCCGAGGGCACUGCUAACAUGCCUGUUCAGCACCCUGAUAACCUAGCUAUGAAUCUAGCUCUUAUUCUCCUGUCUUCUAGAAUAGCGGCCCUCAAAUCACCCCGUAGUUGCCUGUUUUACUUUUCUAGACCAGAACUCUGAGGUCUGAGGUAGAAGGAAGAGCUAUAGGUUCAGUCAGAGGCUAGCCAAGAGCCUGCUUGUUCUUUCUGACACAGUAUGAGGUGUGAGGGGGCUAUUAGGAACCAGAGAGAUGGGAGACGAGAGGCUCAAGAAGGGGGCACCUAGCUUCGCACAGCCCUUACGGUCUGCCAGUUCUUCUGUCUGUUCCUUCUAACAAAACAGGGCAACUGGCAGAGAGCCCCCGACAGGCAGGCCACAGACCUCUGGCCCUGCCUCACCUGGGUCUGUCUGUUGCCAGUAAUUUGAGGCCUUCAGUCCCUUCCUGGGUCCAAGCAUCGCUAGAGUGUGCUGGGGAGAGGAGCCCUGGGUUUGCUUCUGUGUGGUCUACGGCCUGCCCUCUGCUUCAACCCCAGCCCUCAGGCCAGCUGCACUUAAAGGUCAGGCCUGCUCCUGCAGCCACGCCAAGUGCAUCUGAAUCCAGCCGCUGAGGAGGGCCCUGUCCUGGCUCCAUAGAGACCAGAGACUCCAGGAGCCCUCACGCCACUGUGCUCUGAAACCCCAGCCCAUCCCUGCCUGGGCUGACCUCCUGGCUGGGCCUCCGUGGUGGGGACGCCAGCCCCCAACUCGUGGGCUGAGCCCCCAGACAGCACCAUGGGACUCUAAGAGCCCUGGCCUGUCCCACUACCCAGACCAGAGUGCCUGGAUGCCCCCCUCCCACUCAACAAGGUUCCCACACACUGGUCUCUGGGCCAUUCAGGGGGUGCCCUUUGUGGACAUGCAGAAUUUCUAUGAAUAUAGUUUUUUGUAAACAUUUUGUAACAAUUUGGGUUUCAUAGUAACUGUGUUACUUGCCAAUCAUUCUAAGCUGAUGUAAAUAAAUUUCCAAACAAAUCUGAUUAUUUUCCUUUUUAAGACACUGUGAUAUAUCAAAAGUGCACAGUUUGCUGUAUGAAGUAAUAUGGUUUUAAAUUUUAAAUAAAUGUUUUUAGAAAAUG